CCCCUACUUUCAAAAGACGUCCGCCUUGUUAGCACAUUGAAGUACUCUCACAACAGUAUAAUCAAAGCCAGUGCUAACAGUAACGCCCUAUAGUAACGCUCAUCAGCUCCAAAUCGCCUCUAACGCAACUUUACCAUGUCGUCUCCAGCCACUGCGAAGUCAUAUGAGGAGAGACGCGCGGAAGUCAUUGCAGCUACUGCCCACACCAUUGAGCUCGCUCAGAAUGCGGACCGACAGCUCACUACACUGCAUUCCGCAGCAGCUCUAGGUAUUAUCUUUAUCCUCCACACGACACAAAAAAUCAAGGACAGUUUUCAACCAGCCAUGUUGUUCACCUUGAAGAUGGUUAUCAUGGCAGGAGCUGCCAGGGCUUCACCUAUCGAUGAGACUCCAAACACCGAGGCGACUAGCAUUGUGCCGACUGGUGUCAUCGAUAUCGAUAUCAGCGGUGGCUCUGAUAUGGGCGAAAUAUCCGUCAGAAGUGGCUGUAGCCAAGGCACUUGUCCAGACAACAAGGCUCCCUUCGACUUCAUGGAGCGGUUCUGGCAGGACGAAAGCUAA